AUGCCUCGGUGGAUCGCCUGGCGCCGUCUUUUCCUAAACCUUGCUGUCUAUGUCCUGAGUUGUCAAGCCGCAUGGGUGCGGAAGUAUCAUUGUGACUCUUCACGGUCCAGUGUGCCGGGGGAGUCCCCAUUCUGGAUUGACAGCCUUCGCGGCUCGUUCGACACGUUCGAUGGCUCCACCUUACUGUCAUUGUCAAUCCUCGGCGUCCACAAUGAAUCGCAGUUUACAUGCAAUGACCUCAACCUGACCGGGCUUGACACGGAAUCGCGUUUUAAUGUGCUCGGUUUCCCCGUCGGCAAGGUCGAGAGUUUUGAGAGCCAAUGUCCCCUCACAAUUACUGAGGCGCUGACACCUCCUGAGGGGUUGCUUUUCUCAAAGUACUUGUUUACGUACUCGUUCGGCAAUACCCACCGGCUGCAGACCCUCGCCACGGAGAUUGCUUUUAAAACCACUGACGGGUCCGAAAUCGAUUGCGCGGCGGUGAAGAUUACCCCAGACGUUGGGAAAGCUGCCGCUAUAGCCUUUACCUAUAUACCUGCCGCUGUAGUGGUCCUUGUUGCGAUCACUUCGUGGCUAAAGCACCAUAAUAAAGCGGGGGUGAAGGUAGGCUGCAGAGCUGCGUGGGCCAAUCAGGGCCCUAUAUGGGAGAUCAUCCUUGAUAUCACCGACUAUAUACGAUACCUCCAGUUUGUCUUUCUGGCUGGUUCACUUACCAUGGAAUAUCCAGGCUUCUACCAGCCAAUAGUAAGCCAGGUGUCCUGGUCCUCGUUGUUAUAUUGGACAGGCCCUAUUGACCAUGGCUUUACAUACACGGGAGUAGAGGAUGGUAUGUAUGUUAGCAAUGCAUCCUACGGGCUUGAGUACAUGGUACAGAUGCUCGGUUUUCCUCAGAUGCCUGACGUAAUGCUCGAUGCAUUCAUCAAUAUGUUCAUCCUAGUUUCUGGUCUUAUUGUGGUUCUACUGAUUUUAUGCCUAAUAACGUCGGGCUCGGGCUACUUGCCUUCGUUAACCGCAAUCCUUUGGCAGGGAGGGUAUAUCAUUCUAGGGGUAACUCUAUCAUUCUUCAGUGUCCCUCUUCUUUCAUACAUGUCAUACGAAUUGAUCCUGAUUGGAUAUCUUCCAAACUACCGCGUCACUUUAGUCACUUUGGCAAUGGUUGCUAUCAUUUGCGCAAAUUAUUUGAUAUCUCGGCAUUUCAAACAAAGGGAUCUGAGCGAUACAUCAGCUGGCUCUGACCAAGACAGUCCAUCGACCGGCUCAAGCAGGUUACUGCGAUAUUUGGAUUAUCUGCCACAUGCGAUUCAACUAGCUCAAGGUAUUAUAAUCGGCGGGCUACAGGACUGGGGCCUGGCACAGCUACUUACGCUUGUUGGGUGUGAAGUCGUUCUCAUUAUCCAUACGGCCAUACAGCGGCAGGCCAGAUUCUUCAUAUCCAAGACCGCCUGGUGUGCUGCUGUUCGCUUUAUAUCUCUCUUGUUGAGCCUUACAUUCGUGUGUUCCUCGAAUGAGGUGAUGAAACAAUGGGUCGGCUAUGUGAUCUUGUGCCUUCAUGGUGCGGUAAUAAUCUUCGGCUUCCUCCUUAUCUCGCUGUGGGAGUUGUCUCGACGUGCCUGGAAAAAGGCUGGUGGAAAUAAUGACUUAUUCUCGGACCACUUGAUUGUGAUUCCUCCUGUGAAUCAUGGCAGCCGCUCCUUUCCUUUUCGAGACACUAGUGUCAUCCGCCACGGGAAAGGCCAGAACAACAGUCGAGACAAGCACAGUUUUGACAGCCUGGCCAGCUCCUACCGGCUGGGCUCAGCUGGGACAUCCCUUGAACACCCUAAGGAGAGUGACAACUCGGCCACACCUUUCUCCCUAUCACCUCCUGUUGGUAGGCAUUAUGUCACGGACUUCUCCAGUUUCUAUAGAUCCCCACGCCGAAAUGAACCCCUGCCAACCAGAACCGGGUGCGCCAGCCCAGCAUCAGGAUCUGUUGGUUCGCCGGUAGGGUUAAGUUUGAGCGAGGAAUCAUACAGUGACUCUCACCCGACUCGAAGCUCUCUGGAUAUACUCGACGAGCUGUUAGAAGUACCCAGCAGACCCGAGAUAGAUUAUUCUGUUAGAGAAUCAGACUUCUACUACGGUAGAUGGAAUAACGACUCUACGUCGCCAUCGAUGCUACUUUCGCCGGACGAAAAUCAACCCAGCCGACAGACGUUGCGCCAUUGGACGCACAGAAUGUUGGCGCGGUUCAAAUAUCCCAAGCGGAAGGAGAAAGGGUUCCAGUCUUUGGAUGGUGGGAACGGGUCGGUCGAUCUCGUUCUGCGGGUCUCAGGCAGCCAUCUCCCGCACAUCAAGACGGAGAAUGAGGUCGCCGUUAUGACUUGGGUCCGUCAGCAUACGUCUAUCCCAAUUCCCGAGAUCAUCUGGUUUGAUGCUACCACCAAAAAUAGCCUUGGUUAUGAAUUUACGCUGCUCAUGCGCUCCCCAGGCAUUGGUCUGCAUGAGGUUUACGAUCAGCUGUCCGUGGAGCAGCUGACAGUGAUUGUUGACCAAAUUCUGGAUAUUGUCCUGCAGCUGCACCAAAAGUCCUGGUCUGGGGUAUCUGGACUGGUGCUCUCCCCCUCUACGGCAGAAACUGGCGCCUCUGCUCAGGUCAUUCCCGGUCUCAUUCUCGAGGAAACCUUCUGGCAGGCCCCUGAUAUUGUGACCUACUUUCCUGCGUUCCCGGAACUCAAUGAUACGCCAUAUGUCCUGGCACAUAAGGACCUCCACAUGGCCAAUAUCAUGUACGACCCGACUGCGGCUCGUGUCACGGCGAUUUUGGACUGGGAGUUUUCCGGUGUCGUGCCAGUCCAGCUGUGGGAUCCUGCGCAGGCAUUCCUCUGGAAUGGUCAGCGGAAUGCUCAGGCUGUGGAAGAGCAGAAAAGUGUACGUGCACUCUUUGACGAGCGAUGCCGUACCCGCGGCGUGGACCUAUUGUCGGAGACGGAGCCUCGCUUUUCUCUUCAUGAGAGCAUGCAGGAUGCGAUUGGGUACUUGCGGGCGAUUGUUGAGGUUUGUCCCCGGGGCGAGAAGGCAGACAAGGUGGGAGAGUGGAGGGCUAUGUUGGAGGCUAGUCUGGAGACAUUCAAAGUGUAA